AUGCUGGCAGUCUCUUACCUUGUUCAUGUAUCAGAAGGAGAUUUGAGAAAAGCAAUCACACUGCUCCAGAGUGCCACACGACUAACAGAUGGAAAAGAAGUCAGUGAAAAAAUUGUCACUGAAAUUGCAGGGGUCAUCCCUAGAGAAAUGUUGGAUGGAUUACUUGUUUCCUGCCAGAGUGGUUCGUUUGAAAAACUGGAAGCUGUAACAAAGAACCUGAUCAAUGAAGGUUAUGCAGCUACACAGCUUAUCAACCAGCUUCAUGAUAUCAUUGUUGAGAGAGAGGAUCUCAGCGAUAAACAAAAAUCUGUUAUUGCAGAGAAACUUGCAGAGGUAGACAAGUGCUUGGCAGAUGGUUCUGAUGAGUUUUUGCAGUUGAUCAGCCUCUCUGCAGUGGUGAUGCAGCAGCUGGUUCAGAAUAACUAAAACUGGUAUAUUGUAUUUGAUGCAGUUUUGGAAAUCAGCUUUUUCUAUGUUUUGGUAAUAAAAUGCAACUAGGGCAAAAAGGUAGUGGUGACAUUAUUUAUAAUAAAA